CUCUCUCUCUCUCUUUCUCUCUCUCUCUCUCUCUCUCUCUCUCUGUGAAGUGUUGAAGUGAGAAGCCCUUGUCAAAAUGGCUUCGUCUCUUUCUCUGAAAAUUUGGUGCUUCUACAUAUAUGUAGCUCUAAUUUGCUUGUCCACUUCUCGGUCCAAUGCAGAUCAAGUGGCUGGAGAAGCGGGAAAAGAAAUGCUGUGCUUCGACGACAACUACUUCUCUUCAUAUGCAUGUGUCUCUUCUACUGGCCAAAAGAUAUACAGCAGCUGCGAGGACCAGUACAGAUUGAAAGCAGAAGGGAUCAUCGGGGUCGCUCCGGAGGCGACCGACGAGUACUGCGAGGGGCCAUGCUUCGAGGAGACGAUGCGCGUGCUUCUAUGCAUCGACAACACGCUGCAUGGUGAGUUCAGGUUCGAGAACAGCGCAUCGGUGGAAGACGCACGGAAUGCUCUCCAAAGAGGGUGUAGCCACACUGAUAAAAGAGGAGACUUCGACGACGUUACGGAGCGCCCGGAAGGCCAUCAUGACAAUGAACACGGCGACGAACAUGGGGACGGAGUACACGGGGACGAAGAGCACCACCAUGAAGAGGGAGACUUCUAUGACCAUCCCGGUGAAUUCGGAUACUUCGAUCACGGCAGUAAGCUGGACAUCUCCACCGUCCGUUUGAUGAUGAUGAUGAUGUUCGUGAUCAGUGGGGCUCUGCUUCUAUUGAGUUAGCGAGCACUUGUACAGUUGUAGUACAACUCUUGUUCACUAUUAAAUGAGAAGUGGAGGUUGUUAGAUUGUAAACAUGAAUUUUGAACCCACUACCCCUUUGAUUGGAUGCAGUAUAUCCCAAGGUGAUAUCGUUCGUAUGCAUGUUCCACAAUUUCCUUCAAGAAUUAAUAGAAAUGAGCUGUGACUUGAUAAGAGUAGUUUUACUCUCAA